CUCAGCAUCUUCAUCUUAAUAUUCCUUAUGACCACAUCUGAGGGCAGAGUCUCAGCUUCAUUUUAGUAUUGCUUAUGUCUUCUUUCCUUGGUUUCUUCUGCCUUUCAGGAAGAGGAGGAUGAUGUUCCUGAGGAUGAUGGGGACACACAGGCUGACUUUACUGUGAAAGUAAAGCCCAAGAUUGACGUGUUGAGCCUUCUGGGCCACUUCGACAGUGAAGCUGGGGGCGUCAUCUGGGCUGUUGAUAAGCUCUCCUGCUCUGAGGACAUCAGGGACGGUCAGCUGCCCAGUGUAAACCGCACCACCAUGCCUGAGCUUGUGGAGCAGCUUCAGGAAGCCCGAGAUGAGAAAAGGAGAGUUCGGCAGAAACUGCGAGAAUUUGAAGAAGCCUUUUUCAGGCUAAAUGGAAGAAAUGUGCAGAAAGAGGAGCGCUCACUCCUGGCCAAGGAGUACUCUGAGUACAAGCACAUUAAAGCCAAGCUCAAGCUCCUGGAAGUUCUGAUCAGCAAGAAGGACUCGUCUGUGUUUCUCUAAAGCUGGAGGGCAAACCUCCUGAUAUGAUCUCUCUUUUGUGGUGACUGAGUAAGGUCCACCAUGGACCUCAGCACCUUUGCGGGCCGAGGAUAAGGCAUGCAGAAAGCACCUGAGCACCUGAAAUGAAAUCUCUUUUGUGGUGACUGAGUAAGGUCCACCAUGGACCUCAGCAUCUUUGCGGGCCGAGGAUAAGGCAUGCAGAAAGCACCUGAGCACCUGAAAUUAUCUCUCUUUUGUGGUGACUGAGUAAGGUCCACCAAUGACUUGGGGAUCUGCAAUAUUCCAAUGUCAUGUUGACAGGAUAUUGAUCAUUGAUCAUUGAUCAUUGACUGUUUCAUCACAUUCAUUUCAGUUCUAUUUCAUUUGAAUAGCGCAUUUUCACAUUGCAUUGUUACAAAGUGCUUUACAUUAUCCCCGCCCAACACUCCUAGAGAGUAAGCCAGAGGUGACAGUGGCAAGGAAAACUCCACUAGAA